AAGAGGGCGUGAGGCGUGGCAUCAGAAUCAGAAGUUGGGUAGAUCAAGGAAGAAGAUGGGGAUCAGAUUCAUCUUGAUGGUCAACAAACAAGGCCAGACACGUCUCGCCCAGUAUUACGAAUGGCUCACCCUCGAAGAACGACGCGCCCUUGAGGGCGAAAUUGUUCGCAAAUGUCUCGCUCGCACCGAGCAACAGUGCUCUUUCGUUGAGCAUCGCAACUAUAAAAUCGUUUACCGGCGCUAUGCAUCGCUGUUUUUCUUAGUCGGAGUUGAUAAUGAUGAAAAUGAGCUCGCUAUCUUGGAGUUCAUACACUUAUUAGUAGAAACCAUGGAUCGACAUUUUGGCAACGUGUGUGAAUUAGACAUCAUGUUCCAUUUAGAGAAAGCACAUUUCAUGUUGGAAGAAAUGGUCAUGAAUGGGUGUAUUGUCGAGACAAGCAAGUCAAUCAUUCUGACACCGAUACAACUGAUGGACAAGUCAUCCUGAAAUAGCUAUAUGCAGUAGGUUUUUGUACGAGUUUGAUGAUGGGUUGAUGGCUUGUUUUUGUUUCCUUUUAUACAAUGAAGUUCAAACAGUGUCAAAUUCUUUGGAAGUUAACAUAAAAGAUUGUUCUUUAUCGAUAAAAAUCUGAUUAGUGCA